AUGUAAUGGCUUCCUACACAAACUCUGUCAACACGCUGUGAAAAAAGAUGGAAUACUGUGUUUUUCUCUUUAACGUCGUUGAUCGAGUCCAUACUAAAGGCGUUAAUAAACGUCUACGUUUGAAAUAUAGAGAUAUAUUUAGACUACUACUUGAAAGGACUUGAAAUGAGUUUAUUUCAGUUGCCAGAUGAUGUCCUCUACCUUAUUUUGUCGUAUUUGGACUGCAAGUCGUUGUGUCGUGUCUCUCAAGUUUGCAGGAGACUGUUCCAUUUCACACGUCGUGAUGCGGUGUGGAGGAAGAUAGCCAAAGAUCUUAUAAACACAGGAAUAACACGUCAAGGAGGAGACUUGUAUCCAGGGUUUCUCUUGAAGGACAGGGUGAGGAUAUCACAGAACUGGUCACAAGGCAGCUGUCGGAAAGAAGUUUUGUUGAAGUGGAAGACAAACUUGUUGCCAUGGCUACAGCUGGACCACGAUGUGCUGUAUCUCUCUCAAGCUGCAGACAUUGGAGCGUACCAUCUGAGUCCAGAUAGGGGGAGGGGGAGGUUUCAGCACAGUCGCUUCGCUCAGUUUUCGGGUCACCAAGAAGAUGUGUGUCGAUUUGUCCUGACAGAUACACACCUCAUCAGUGCUGGAGGGGAUGGCAAAAUCAUCAUCCAUAACAGAAGAGAUGACUUCUCUAUGGAGUUCUAUGCCCACAGCCAAGAAGUGAACUGCAUCGAUUGUAAAGACGGCCUGAUUGUGAGCGGCUCCAGAGACAAGACAGCACGGAUCUGGACGCUUUCUCCAAAUCGUCUAGGCAAAUGUUUACACACCAUCCACACCUUUGAUAGGGUCUGGUCUGUUGCCUUAAGUCCCACCAUAGGCACCUUUGUGACGGGGACGGCCUGCUGUGAGGACUCUACCCCUCUGCGCAUCUGGGACACCGAGAGGUGUCAGCUGGUGUCUUGUUUGGGUGAGGACUUUCGCCGGGGAGCAGGUGUGUUAGAUAUCAUCUAUGAAUCUCCCUACCAGCUCCUGACCUGUGGCUAUGACACCUACAUCCGCUACUGGGACUUGAGGGUCUGCUCCAGGAAGUGUGUCAUGGAAUGGGAGGAGCCUCAUGACAGCGCCCUGUACUGCAUGCAGACAGAUGGGAAUCACCUGAUCGUCAGCGGUUCCUCCUAUUAUGGUGUGGUGCGUCUCUGGGACAAGAGGCAAACUCGCUGUUUGCAGAUGUUCCAGCUGACGUCGUCCACCAGCAGCCCUGUGUACUGUCUGCGUCUGAACGCCUCCCACCUAUACGCCGCUCUGGCCUCCGCACUCUACUCUCUCGACUUCACCGUACCCGCGCCCAGAACCAGGAGAUAACCCAGACUACACACACACACACACACACACACACACACACACACACACACACACACACACACACACACACACACACACACACAUACACCGCACCCAGAACCAUGAGAUAACCCAGACUACACACACACACACACACACACACACACACAAAUACUACAUGCACACGCACUCACACACACACAGACACAAACACACACACAUACAGUACAUAUACACCAAUACCACACACACACACACACACACACCUACAUUGCACACACACAUGUACAUACACACAUGUACACAGAUGUUGAAAGAAACGCACACACACUCAGUCUUCACUGGCAAUCCUAUGAUGAGAGAUUUAAUUUUUCAAGGAAAUGGUCUGUUAGUGAAAUCUGGACAUUCAUGCUGAUUGCCUGGUAUUUAAAAAUAAUUUUACAUUACAUUCCCACUGCAAUAUUAGUGGCUUGGAAGUGGCACAUAGUAGACAGCACAAUAGACCGCCCUCUCUCUCACAUACACACACGCACACACACACACACACACACACACACACACACACACACACAUACUGUACACAUACACACACACACUCACACACACAUACACACCCUGUACCUACCCGACCUCUAAGAUUCCCACAUUCUCAGGGACAGCUUUCUGCUUAUAGUCAGUGGCGGCCAUCUUGUCCACACCCCACUGGAAGCUGGAGGAGUCAACGCGUGACCUUUGGUGACCCGGAACUGGAUGCCGCCAGCAGUGGGAGUCCUCCAAAUCACGCCCCUGCCACCACACACACCGCAAGGCGGUCACCUCGCCGGGCGUCUCUCGACAAAUGAGAUACAAUUACACACAAUUUCUGUCCUGUAAUUAAAAUUUUAACUUUUUUUUCCCCGGAGGAGAAGAGGUCUAUUAAAAGUCUAUGA